AUGGUGACAGAGCUUAAGGCCUACAUAGCCUCUGAAAUGGCGGUCCUGAAAACAACUCUAGCAGGCAGGAUACAAUCCACGGAGGAAAAUAUCCGCGGCCUCGAAGUCAAACAGGACAUCACUACAGCCCAGCUGCAGGGGGUAACCCUUAUGUGUGCAGAGCUGACGGCAAAAGUGGGACAGAUGGAAGAUACAGCAAGACAGCGCAACCUCAAAAUCAGAGGGAUCCCAAACGCCAUCGAUGCUGGAGAGUGUCAGAGUAGUGGAGAGUAA